AUGUCGUUGACAAUGGACGUUACCACUGAGCCCAUGCCCAUGAUGACCCCGUCUGACGAUCCAAUCGACCUUAUGAAUCAGACAGAGAUACACUCUUCAGACGUCUCCCACUCGUCCGAUAUCCACUCCAAUUCCUCAGCCGGGUCCCCAGCUACCAUAAACUCGGAGACCACUAAUGACGAGAUCCAAGACGCAAAGCAUGACUUCGUCUUCGUGCCCGACAUGUUCUCUUCCAUCAUGGCCGCGAAGCCAGUCGUAAACCCGUACUACCACGAAGUGAAGCCCAAGGCCGACGCAUGGAUUACCAGGAUCAUCUUUGCCGAUCAGCAGCGGGCGUCCAGGAACUCCAGGGUAGAUCUGUGUUUCCUGGCGUCCAUAUGGGCGCCCUAUUGUGACGAUGAGGCGCUGAGGAUGAUGGUCGAUUGGAACCACUGGGUAUUCCUGUUUGAUGACCAAUUCGACGAGGGCCAUCUCAGUACAGACUUGCAGGCCGCGCAGGACGAGAUCGACCGAACAAUGGCCAUCAUGUCUGACACGGAGCCUCCCGUCUCAACCCCAUCCGAUACGUUUUCCAGACGACAUGGGACCCUGCAAAUACGGUGGAAAGAAAUGCACAAGCGGUUUUUCGACGGUCUGAUCGCCCAGGUGAAAGUCAUGCAGGAACAACGGACGUUUUCCCGCGACGUCAAGGAGUACAUGAAUAUGCGGAGACUCACAAUCGGCGCUUACCCGGCCAUUGCCCUAACCGAGUAUGGCCUCGGGAUCGAUCUCCCGAAUUGCAUCGUCGACCAUCCUUCCCUUCAGGAAUGCAUUUGUAUCUCAGCGGACCUGGUUCUUCUGGUUAACGAUAUUCUCUCCUACAAGAAGGACCUCAAACUCGGCGUCGACCACAACCUCAUCACCCUCCUCCAAGAAAAAGGGCUCUCAAUGCAAAAGGCCAUCGACGGCAUCAGCGAUAUGCUGAACGACUGCUACAAGCGCUGGUACACUGCCUUGGCGAAUCUGCCCGUCUGGGGCGAGGAGACGGAUCGCCAAGUCCUGAAAUUCGUGGAUGCGUGUCGCAACGUUGCGCUGGGAAAUCUGUACUGGAGCUUCAAAACCGGGCGGUAUCUAGGGGCUGAAGGGGAGUCGGUUAGGGAGACGCGGAUGCUGAAUAUGGUUAUUUAG